AUGUCAAUGGUGUUCUGGAACAUGGACGACUACCCAAUCCCUGCUGCUGCUGGUGGUGUCGAAGAUGGUCUUGGUUUUAUUCGUAAUAAUAUCGUAGAAGUUGGUCAUCGAAUGGGCUUUCAUGGAUUUAUGGAAAUCUGGGUGUAUUGUACAAGAACUGGUGUUAACAAACCGUCUCCUCUGGAUAUGACUUGUUAUUUGGUUCAUCACGCAUUAUCUGUUUAUGGACCAUAUGGUCCACCCGAUUUAGUGGGUACUCGAGUGUUUGCGUUUGAGGAGUGUUUGCGUUUGAGGGGUCACCCUAUUCUCCUAAUUGAUCCCACUGCUAUCACAGGAGGAGGAUCUUUCUUUAGUGUUGAAUCUCUACUUGGUUGUACACGUCUUUUACGUCCUCCUACUCGUAUCGAUCUCGAAUCUCUUCUUCCCGAUGAUGAUUUCUCGGUUGAAGAAUUUCUGGCGGCUGACGAAUAUCUCAAAGAUCUCUCCUCUCAUCGUGAAAACGAUACCUCCAAGAUUCUAGAUUUCUUCGAGCCUAUAAGACCCGUCAAAGAGCAUAGGACAGGCGUCUUCUGGGACGCUGAAGAUUUCCCAUUCCCUCCUUUUUCCACUCCUGAUGAGAUCUUUGCCAGAAUCGAGUCUGCUCUUGUGGAAAGAGGUUUAAUCUAUAAGCUUACAAUCUGGGUCUAUCUUGAUGAUGACAAGAAAGGGACUUGGUGGGAUGCCUUACUUGGUGGUGGUGGUGGUGGUAAAAAAGAGUGGGCUUCCAGAAUUUACUUUCUUCCCGGAGUUAAUUGUUGA